AUGCUGAUUGGUGAACAAUGCCCCGAGUCUGGCUUAAGGACGGCAGGGGCACUGGGACUUUCCUCGGCCAUGCUAGUGGGAAGAGCUCCGCGAUCUGGCCUGGCCAGGCUAGCAACCCCCACGCAGACGGCUGAAAGAGGCUCACAACGAACGAGGAAGUAUUCAUUGGAGCGCAAAGAUGGACUAGUAAUGCAGAGACAGAUGGGACGCCGCAAGUAUCAUAUAACAUUUACGUGCGAUAAUCUCGAAUGGGUAGAAUGGUGCGACCGACGGUCCCUGGUUUGGGGUCUGGAACAUCAUCGCUUCAGUAAACUCUUAUGUGAACUCCCCUCGUCUAGACUGCUUGUAGGCUUGGCCGUGGCCGCGACUUCGCCCGUCCACGUUUUAGCCUGGCCGGUGGGCGCGCCGCACGUCAUGAUGGACGCAGCGGGCAUACCCAGUUCCAGGCCGCUGUACGUCCGACGAGCUUUGGUGGUGGGACGCGACGAGCCAUUGGCUGCCGUGUGUUGUCUUCCGCGGCAGAGCCCCGUGGUCGACAAGUGGCGGGCAUAA